GGCUAUGAUUACACCAGUGUCAUUCCUCCAUUUUAAGAUCUUUCAAACAUUGUUCAUCCAGCUAAAUUAAAUCCAAAAUUCUUGGAAUUUGAGAAUUUUCCAUUUCCUGGGAGAUAUAGUACAAGAAGAAAAAAAGUUGUAUCCAUGGCAUCUGUUGUGAUGACUUCUCUCCCACACUUCACUGGGCUUAGACCCCAGCAGGCCUCUUCCCCUGUCAAGAGCUUGUCAGCAGCUCUGCCGCUGAAGGGCAAAGGAAAGGGAGCUCUGGGUGCACGAUGUGAUUUCAUUGGCUCACCCACAAACUUGAUAAUGGUGACCUCAACAAGUCUAAUGCUGUUUGCUGGAAGAUUUGGUCUAGCUCCAUCAGCCAAUAGAAAAGCAACAGCUGGUUUAAGAUUGGAAGUAAGAGACUCUGGACUACAAACUGGUGACCCUGCUGGUUUUACACUUGCGGAUACCCUUGCUUGUGGUACUGUUGGUCAUAUUAUUGGUGUUGGUGUUGUACUUGGCCUCAAGAACAUUGGGGCUCUUUAAACUUCCUUUAUAUCCUUUUGUUCUUCUUGUUGGUCUGAGCCCUGAGGUUGUAAAGAUAAUAUUUUAUAUGAUAUUUUAUGCCUAAUCUUCAUCUUUUUGAUA